GCUUGUCUCGUGCUGGCGCAUGCGCAGUGAGUCCGCGAGGCACGAGCAAGAUGGCGUUGAACAGGAACCACUCGCAGAACGGCGGCGUCGUGGUGACCAACAGCGAGAGUGUGCUGGUGCACUACGAAAAUGUGGAGCUCUCCUUCGGCGACUUUGUGGUCAUGCCCGACGUCUUCAAGGGGUCCAAGAAGGGGAUCAUUUACCUGACUCCCUUCAGGGUCAUCUUCGUGACGAAGGGCAAGGACCCCAUGCAGUCGUUUAUGAUGCCCUUCUACCUGAUGAAGAACUGCGACAUCAAGCAGCCCGUGUUCGGAGCCAACUUCAUCAAAGGCACCAUCAACGCCGAGGCAGGAGGUGGCUGGGAGGGCUCGGCGUCCUUCAAGCUGACGUUCAGCAGCGGCGGAGCCAUCGAGUUUGGCCAGCGGAUGUUUCAGGUGGCAAAGCAAGCCUCCAGCGGAGCGGGGGCUGCCCAGCCAGCGGCGAACGGCGCCUACGGCUACUCCUACAUGGGCAACGGCGCCUUUGGAUUCGCGGCCGACCCCAACAUGGCCUAUGCGCCUCAGGUGCCCACGGGAUACCCCUACGCACCGGCGCAGCCCACCGGGUACCCCUACCCGCCUCCGCCACAGGGGGUCUACUACCCUCCACCCCCACCCUACCCGGGGCCCAUGCCCAUCCCCCCCAGCGCCCCCCACUUUGAAGAUGCCGCUUCCGGCAAGGCUGCAGAGGCGGCUUACUUCGACCCCGCAAAUCCCCACGCGGUCUACAUGCCCAUGGAUCAGCCUCCUCCAUAUACUCCACCAGAAGAUAAGAAGAAGCAGUAACAACCCAAGAGUGGACUUGGAUCUUUCUCUGAAGUCUUGACUCAGUUUCCUAACGUUCUCUGAGCAAUGUGGUUCUGUCAGUAUGAGAUAUUCCUUUCAGAUUUCUUCAAUGUGGUAGCAUCUGCAUUAUUGUAAGUUCAAUUUUCAAAUUUAGAUGAUAGGCAUUAAAGAACGUAAAGAAACGGCUUUGUAUGACAGCAAUCUGCACUUUGGAUAAUUGUGAUCCCUGUUUGAUGUACAGAAAGUAAGAUAACGAAUUCGUAUUGGCUUGUAUGCAUUUACUUAACCUUUUCCUUGCAUCUCUUCUAUACUGGCUUAUAUAAUUUAUGUAAAUGAGUAGAUAUUGUAAUGAUUGCUAAAUCCUAUGCCACCUAUAUUCUAACCCCUGGCACGACUACCGUUGGUGUUAGCAGCGUGUCACGCCUGUGAUACAUUCCCUCAUGUCCCCGUUAACAUGCGUGUGCGGGUGUGCAUAUCAUGCCUAUGACAAAGCGUAUUACACGUACGCCUAUCGUCAUGGGUUUGGCCUUCAAGUAGCUAAGGUAAUUUUAACCAAAAAUCUGUGGCUGAUCUCUGUAUUUGAUGGCUAACUGUAAUGUAAACAAUAUAAAAUAAAAACAUGUAUAGGUCAUACA